ACGCCCUCAUGCGCCGCUGCCCAAACUCGCAACACGGCGCCGAGUGGAAACGGAACACCUGUGCUCCAUCCCUCGGCACCAUUCAGCGGCGGCCAGGCACAGCGCCCCGGCAAACACUCUACUCUCUCUCCGCGCGGGUGGGCAGCAAGUCCCGGUGGAGCAGUCCGUACCACAGUGAUGUGCGAGACGUCGGCGGACUGCGGGUGGAACAGCGCAUGCGCCAACGGCACGUGUUCCUGUCAUGGCGGAUUCUCCAGUCCGGACGGCACGUUUUGCACGGACGACCUGUGUGGUGGCGGCCAGUGCAUCACGUGCUACGAUACCGUCAGAUGUCGCAGGUGUGUGCAUGUGGUUCUGUCGGCGUCCGGCAGGUGUGUGAACACCUGUAGGUCUCAGGAGAGUCUUCACCUGGCAGGUGAUGGUUACCUGGGGAGGGUGUGCGCAGACCCAGAGUAUGAGACGCUCCCUGUGGGGUACAUCGCGGUGAUCGGUGUGCUGUGCGGACUGGUGCUGGUGGCGGCGGCGGUGGUGCUGGGAUGCUGUCUGUACACCAAGAGAACCAAAGGCCGGCUGAACUUCCUGCGCGCCUGGCAGUCCACUAACGUGGAGAUGAGCAACAUGAGCGGCAACGGCAGCAGAUCCGCAUCAGGGCAGUACGGCUUCAACAACCCGGCUUUCUUGGAAGACAGCCAGCAGCCUGUAGCGUCGCCCGUCCCGGCCGUGACCCCGCGGCAGGUGCAGCAGCACAAGGCGGAGUAUUUCCGGGUGGCCACGCAGCUGCGGCCGCACGUGCACGCCUUCCUCACCAUGCUGGGGGACGCGCGCAGGAGGCUGCGCAACAUCGGGGAGGAACACAGGGACGCCGACGUCUACAGAAUCAUUAUCCGGGACCUUUCGCGGGUGGUGCUGAUACUGAACCGAGCAGAAGGUUCGUCUGCGGAGAUUCCGCGGGACGGGGUGGCGCUGCUGAGGUGGGCCAGGCACGCCCUCGCCUCCUACCGGGCCCAGGCGGCCCCCACGGACCCUUCCCAAGUCUCCAGGACCCCCAGCGUAGCCGGUUCUACCUCGGUCCGCCCAAACUUCUCCUUCAAGUCUCCACAAACCCCCGUCCGGACAAACCCUUACGUCACCCGUCACCAUAGCAACCGGUCCGUCUCCUUGGCGAACGGGGUCGUCAUUGGCAACGGGCAUGCGUCAGUGUCAUUCGUCUGACGUCAAAGGGCACAUUGCAUGACGUCUUUCAACAGAUAUUCUUUUGUUUUACACGAAAUCUUAUCAUAUAUUUUUAUCAAACUUUUCGCAUGUACAAUCUAUAUGCAUUAGACCAUGUUGAUCUGAUUGUAUCGAUGACAUCCUUUGGAAACCUCAAGUUUCAAAAUUUGCAAACUCAUAUCAUUCGAGCGUGCAAA